UCUUGGUCCUUUGCACCUCCUUCGCCGGAUAUCUGGCCAUGCCUCAGGUUUAUCCCGAUGGUCAGAGUCCCAACAAUCAGGCCUUCAACCUGCCCGCCGAUGCCGAGACCUUGUUGGCUCAGCCUUUGGCCUUGGACUUCACUUGCGAGGCUCGGGACUACGGUUAUUAUGCGGAUGUGAGCAACAACUGCCAGAUCUUCCACAUCUGUCUGCCCAUUGAGGACGAUGCCGGCGCCAUCCUGGAGACCGCUCAGUGGUCGUUCAUCUGCGGCAACGGCACCGUGUUCGACCAACAAACCCUCACUUGCAACUACGAAGAGGACUCCUUCCCUUGCGCCGAAUCCGAAUCGCUGUACGGAGCCGUGGAGUUCGGCAAGAUCGAGCCUGAUUAUUGAGAUGUGUUAUACUGGUUGGUGCAGUUAUUUGUUGGCUGGCCAUGUUAUGUUUGUAACUAUUUCAGAAUAAAAUAUCCCCGUUUC